AAAAAAGACGUGCCAGCUCGGAGCCAUGAAGUUGCCUUUAUGUUACAGCUGCUAUGAGGAUCAAUUGCUGUAAUAUAACAAUCGAUGAUAUAUCCCGAUCAUUGGGCUCGUCCACUGGGAGUGCGCAAGAUGAUAUCCGGAUUACUGCGCGGUGAUUUUCACUUGUGGAUGAAAUAUCCCUCUUCGUGUUUGAUCUCAGUGAUCAGGAUUUUCGGGCAAUCCCUUAGGAUAAUGAUCCUUAUAUGGCUCUCCGGCGUGGUGGUAUCUGCAUAAGUAUCCCGCGGUAACGUUGAAUUUAAUCAAG